UCCAUGCUGGAUAACAGCGAAAGAAUAGAUGGAAAGUGUAUAAAAAGCAAUGUAAAUUCAGUAAUUACGCAAGACAAUGCUUUUCGGGCUACAGACAAGACCAAAAUUACAGAUGAAAUAGACACUGACUCUUGUCAAUAUCGUGAAGUCAGCCAGAGACUAAAAGAAAAGAAACACUAAAAGAAAAGAAACACUCAAAGAGUUCAUCAACCUCGUCUACAGAAAUUGAUUCAGAAACUAUUGAAAUGGAUUCUCUACGGCAACUACGAAAUUGCUCCUCCAAACAUCAUGACAAAUUUGAGUUUGCAUUCAGAGUGUUACUCUUGAUUGCCUACUUCGUGUAUUUCGGGUUUGCUGUCUCCUAUCAUGUUGGAGAUGAAGGAUCGUGGCGUUUAAUUGUUGCUACGGUUUUUGGUAUAUGGCUCAUCGUCUGGCAUUUCUUGAAGAGGACGCACUUCUACGUGAUACUCGUAAAAUUUAGUGAGAAUGCUUUGCAUGAAUUUGCAAAGGGAAAGAGAAGUCUCGUAGUAAAUUGGUUUCUUUAUAUAGCGAUGGUAGCGUUUAUGGUGAUUUAUGUAGUCAAGUUUGUUGCUAUGAAGAAUCCAGAAAAUCUCAAAUCGCUGAUUGGUCUUCUUGGCUUUCCUCUACUUAUAUUUGUAUCUUCAAACAAUAGGAGAAAGGUUAACUGGCAUACCGUAUUCUGGGCCAUGACGCUGCAGUUUAUCAUGGCCUUGUUGAUACUCAAGACAACUUGGGGCGCCUCCAUCAUCCAAUGGUGUGGUGAACGACUUCAAGAGUUCACAAGGAACGGAAGAGCUGGCAGUUUGUUUAUGUUUGGAGAGAAAUACACAGACCAUCCAUUUGUGUUUGGAGCAUUACCUCAGGCGAUAGCGGUUAUAGUUGGUAUGUCGGUGCUCACGUACCUCGGUGCAAUUAAGUUCAUCGUUGAAACCGUCGGACGGUGCCUGGCAUUCUUCUUAGGAAUCAGUCCUGCAGAAGGGAUAAAUGCAGUUGGAAAUAUUUUCUUACAUGUUCCUGAAUCCGCGAUGUUAAUUCAAGAGUAUAUAGCCGAUAUGACCCCAUCUGAACUUUUUGUAACCUACGCUGGAGGCUUAUCUACUGUUGGCGGAACAGCCCUCGUCAUCUUUAUGGCCUCAGGGGUACCUGCUGCACCUUUAGUGGCGGCCUCGGCCAUGUCCGCUCCCGCUGCCCUCGCUGCUGCCAAGCUCUCAUUUCCGUCAUAUGAUCAAGAGGAAGUUCCCAUUCCAUCAUAUGAAAGCAAAAAUAGGGAAAAACCAAGUUUCUUACAAAAACCAACCUCGCUGAUGCACAGUAUAAUAAUUGGCAUAAAUCAGAGCGUUGUCCUGAUGUGCCAGGCUGUUUUCUUCAUUAUGACUUUCGUCAUCAUUCUUGAGUGGAUCAACAACACCCUUAUUUGGUUUGGUGACAGAAUUGGGGUAGAACAAAUGACAGCAGAGUACCUUCUUGGAUAUAUUUUCUAUCCAUUUGCCUACAUGAUGGGCACACGAGUCGAUGAUUGUCUCUUUGUCGGGCAAUUGUUGGGUAUCAGAACAUUUAGCCUUGCUGUUGUGGCGUAUCCUAAACUGGGUCCCAUUAUGCUGAAUGGACAAGAUUUUCGAGAAUACGUUGCUGCGAGUCCAAACAAUACAUGGUCGUGGGUUGGUAAUGAUCUUCUUCUUCACGAAACAAAUACUACACUAGUCGGAGGAGUUAUUGACGCUAGAUCCGAGAUUAUUGCGACCUACGCUCUUUGUGGUUCUGCUUCGUUCGCCAUCAUGGGUCUGAUCAUUGGGUCAUUCGAAGCCAUCGUGCAACACCGCAUAGGGGAGAUUACUCAAAACAUAUUCCGCGCAUUACUUGUUGGAACUGUGGCCAGUUAUCUAACAGCUUGCUUUGCAGGAUUACUGUAUGAGGGCGAAGUUGCUUUUGAGUAAAAGACAAACUUUCAAUCUUUUGUAUUUAAUAAACAUUGCUUGAUAAAAUGAAAUAACUAUUAAAUCUCAG